CCGGAGCUGGGCGGCUCCAUCGGGCUCAUCUUUGCCUUCGCGAACGCAGUGGCCGUGGCCAUGCACACAGUGGGCUUUGCCGAAACUGUCCGGGACCUGCUGCAGGAGCACAACUCCCUCAUCGUGGACCCCACCAACGACAUCCGCAUCAUCGGGGUCGUCACCGUGACGGUGCUGCUGGGCAUCUCCCUGGCCGGCAUGGAGUGGGAGGCCAAGGCACAGAUACUGUUUUUCCUGGUCAUCCUGGUUUCCUUCAUAAAUUAUCUGGUGGGGACAGUGAUCCCGGCCAGCGCCGAGAAGCAAGCGAAGGGCUUCUUCAGCUACCGAGCCGACAUCUUUGCCCAGAACUUCGUGCCCAGCUGGCGUGGACCCGAGGGCUCCUUCUUCGGCUUGUUUUCCAUUUUCUUCCCAUCAGCAACCGGCAUCCUGGCUGGGGCCAACAUUUCGGGUGACCUGAAGGAUCCCGCGGUGGCCAUCCCCAAGGGCACCUUGAUGGCCAUCUUCUGGACCACCGUGUCUUACCUGGUGCUUUCUGCUACGAUCG